AUGGGGAAAUUGAAAGUGGGCAUGGUCUACGAUUGGAUUCGGCACAUGGCUCUGGUUAAACCAUGGGGAAAGUUAAUAUGGGCGACGUCGAUGACGCCCCAGCACUCAUUCGUUCUGUGGAUGGCUGCCAUGGAACGAAUGCAUACGAUGGACCGGAUGGAGUACCUCGAACUUGAUGACACUUGCGUCCUUUGUGACGUACAGAUGGAGAACGGGAAGCAUUUGUUCUUCCAAUGCAGCGUAUCUAGUGAAGUAUGGGACGGAAUCUGCGUACGGAUGGGUAUUGCUAGACGACCAACGACACUCAAGGCUGCCCUUAAAUGGCUCAAAAAGGAAGUCUGGGGCAACUCUUACCGAAGCAAAGCCAAAAGAUGUGCAUUGGCGAGCCUUGUCUACCAUCUAUGGGAAGCUCGCAACAAACGGCGGUGA